GAGAGAGAGAGAGAAAGACUAUGUCUUUUAUCUUGUUGGAUAGUGUUUGAAUUGGACAGUGAUAUUUCUAUCCGGUUUAACGAGAGUGACGUAAAGUAUAUUAAACUUUUAGAAAAAUAAUAAAAAGAACGCGAAAGCUUUAGAAAGAUAUCAAAGCUUUUUCAUCGUCUAACGUUCUAAUGUAUGUGUAUGUAUCAUACGAGUAUAUAAUAUAAAUAUCGUUCCGUGCUAUUCCAUUUAAGCGAGUAUACAUAAAAGUGUAUGCGUCUAUGUGUGUUGUGUGAAUGAAUGAAUGAAUGAAUGAAUGAAUGAACGAGUGCAUUUAUGUAUAUAUGUGUAUAACGUGUACGAAUGUGUAUAUGCAAAACGAAAGAAGAAGAUUAGGAAAAAUAUGAAGAAGAAGAUGAAAAGGACGAAGAAAGGAACGACACUUUUUUUCUUUUUCCUUUUCUUUUUUUUUUCUUUUUCUUUUUCUUUCUUUUUCUUUUUUUUUUUUUUUUUCUUUUUUUAACGUCGAGACGAUUCUUUUUUGCUUAUUUUGUUCGAGAUUUUGUUCUUUUUCCUCAUUUCUCGUGGUAUGGCCUUUCACGUAUGUGUGCAUUCGUGCGCGACUCAUUUCUAUGAGGAAGCAAGGAAAUAAAAGGAAAAAAGGAAAAAGAAAAAAGAAAAAAGGAGAAAAUAAAAAACAAAGAUACAAUAACAAUGAAAAAUCCUGAAACAACGGAGAACAUCGUUAUACAUAUACAUAUACGCAUACAAACACACAUGCAUAUAUACAUAGAUACAUGUGCAUAUUUACGGAAUGGAACGUGCAAAUUAAAAACACGUUAUAUCGCGGCGUUGUUCUAGCGCACGUGUUGCUGGUGCUUCGUCAAAAAGAGAUGCGGAUCGCGUGAGCUUUAUUAAAAUAAAUAUCAUUUUCCUAUUUUCUAUGCUCGUUAUCGAUCGAUCGUCGGACUUUUUCUCUUCGUCCUUGUAUAGCAAACUAAUUGUAAUUCGUACGAUUAGAAAAAAUAUCGGCGUACAAUGGUAUCUAAUUAACCUUUUUUUUUUUUUUCUAGUUUCAAUAUCGGCAC